AUGGCUUCAAACAAAAAAUCAAAUUAUAUCCGAAAAGAACGAAUUCCAGUUUCAUCUGCAAUUCCUUCGGCUAAAUUAGUUCUAUCAUCACUUCCUGGUCGUCCUGCACCAGCACAACGAUCUGGUCAAAGCGAAAGUCUUUUAACAAAUCAUUUUACAUGUGAAUUUCAAAAAAAUCUUCCACUAUAUCAAUAUGAUGUAGCCAUUGAAGAACUCGGCUCGCUUUCUGGUGAAUGGUAUGAAGUUAAAGGUCGUGCACGAUGUGCUUUAACUAUGCAAUCGAUUGUGUCUAAUGGUGGAUUUGCUCCGAAUGUUAUUGUAUGGUAUGAUGAGCAAAAGUGUUUAUAUAGCACAUCACAGUUAUCAUCACCAAUAUUAAUUCAUAGUCCGAAUGGUCAAAGUCGACUGAAUAUCAAAUCAUUGGCUAA